ACCGCCUUGUCUGCCUGUCGGGUAAAGGCAUUCAUAGGCAGGUAGGGAAGAGGGGCACGUGGAGUCAAUUCUAUUCACUCGUCAGCGCAGGAUCCGAUUAUUUUUCUUUCGGGGGAAAAAAAAUUGUCUUAGAAGUGCGUGGAAUUCCGCAAGUGGAGAGGGGAUAGAUGUGCCCACGUUGCAGCUUUGGGGAGAUUGGAGCGCUGUUUCUGAGGAGGAAGACUGGACCAACCCACCACAUCUGCUUGGGUUCGUCUGGUGCGAGGGAGCCCGGUGUGUCCACGCAGAGGGCGGCACUGUUAGACUGAGGAGAGCGGCGGCCGGAUACGCUUGUGGGAAGGCGGGAAUCUUCACCCCUUACCUCGCCAUCUACUUUUUUUUGCCCGUCCCCCCACCCUCACCAUUUCAAUGACCUGCAUGUUUGUUUAAUCACUCCGUUUCCUCCCUCUUGCCCCCUUCCCGAGGAUGAAACUGUGACAGCACGUUUGAGACCCGUGCAGCGAGCAACGAUGGCCGUAAACACGGACGUAGAGUUUGAGAAGAACUUGGGUGGAUCUGGGGACUCGGCUCUACCGAAGGAUCACCAGGAGACGGAGCAGCUUCUCUUCAGCACAUCGCAGGGUAGCCUGGGGAAUGGCAUCAAGAACUCCAAGUCGUUCACUGUUAGCCUGCCGGACGCCAAGGAGCUGGAGGCCGAGCCCAAUGGCCACAACAUGAAGUACAUGUCCUCGGAGUCAAUGUCUAAAAUAGGCGCCACACCCACUUCACCGUCCCGGCUAAGCGUGGGAAGGGCAUCGUCCACUGGUACAGGCAGUGCCCGGGACCAGUCCCGGCCCAGGGAUUACCUGAUCCUGGCCAUCCUCAGCUGUUUCUGCCCGAUGUGGCCCAUCAAUAUUGUGGCGCUCGUCUACUCUAUCAUGUCCAGAAACAGCUUACAACAAGGGGACACGGAUGGAGCCAGGAGACUGGGGCAUCUUGCCAGAUUACUGAGCGUUAUAGCAAUAGUCCUGGGGACGCUCAUCAUAAUCACUUAUUGUGUCGUCAACUAUGCAGUUGGCAUGUAGACAACCUGCAAGACCACAAGAGCAUCUGGGAUUAAUUCCUUUAUGGACUUAGUGAGGUGCAGUCCAUCUCUUUAAGGAAAAAUCCAGUUUACCAAUUCCAGAACAAGAUGGAGGUUCUUCACCAGGAGCCACCAAGCUGUCCCAAUUUAGCUCAAACGUGCAUCACUUUCACCUCAGCAUAAUGAGAGCUGGAAACUCUAAGUUGCCAUCCGACAACAGAUUUCAAAGCUAAUCAGUCAAUUCCACUUAGGUACCUGAAAAGAGGAGAGCCCUGUGGGAUCCUUGUUAGGAAUAGCACUUGUGCAUGCGCCUGAACGCAGAGAAACUUCUCACUGGUUCAGAGAAUAUGAUUCUAAACCCUUUUCCAUGUUACCACACAAAAACUCGCCCAAGUGCGCACUGUGAUCUUGGUCUUAUGUAGAAAUCAAUGGGAUUCCAAAGCCAAAACUUGCCAGUAUAACUUGCACUGGAAAAGAGGUGGAUGAAGAGAAGCUGAGAAUGGAACCAACAUUUAUACACUUGGUUACUUAGAUGGCAGCAGUAGUUUUGGUAAAUUGCAGGAUUUUGUACUUUUGAUGAAAAAAAAUUACUACUUGCAUGUGAAAAGUGAACAUAUUAUGGUUAACUAAAGAGAAUGAGACAUCUGUGGGUGUGGACUUCCUAGUCAUGGUGUUUGAUGUUGUAUUCUCCUUGUUUCGGUGGCUAUAUUCACCAAACGAAUAAGUGUUGUUUAAAUAUUUCCGCACCUUAUAAUUUGCUCUUUGAUUGUCGCAAGAUGAUUGAUUCCCCUGGCAAAGUAAUCUCCAGCCUGCAGGACCAUUACUUGCUUGGCAAUCUAUUGGAAGAUGAUUAAAUUCAAAAUUGCAAUUCAAGGAUCCAAUUGAUUAGAAAAUAAUUCUUUCUCAUUUUAAAAGGAAGCACUUUUUGAAGCUGAGAAAUGAUUGCGGAAGAAUCAAUAUUUUCCAUCCGAUUCAUUUUGCUUCGGAGGUCGGCCUGAACAACAGUUCAGAAAUCUAACAUUUAUAGCAGUUGGGGGGGUGGGGUAGUAUGGAAUUGAUUUUGGAGCUACUUAAGUUAAAUAUAUGCUCAUUUAUUGAAGAAUUCUAGAGAUAUUGACAUGAACACCAUCAGUAAUGCAGAAAUCUGGAAUUAAAUCAAUUGUGUAUGUUAAGGAUUUUGCAUGAAGUAAUACAGUUCUAUAGUUCCAUUUAAUAUCGGAGAAUGUAUACAAUAUACAACAUGAAAUUCUUGUUCUUCGUAGACAUCCACGAAAACAGAAGGGUACUUCAAAGAAUGUGACAGUAAAAACAUUAGAACCCCAAAGACCCCCCCUACUUGCCCCAACACACAAGCAGCAACAAAGCAACGACCCACCCCAUCCUCAUUUACUUCCAAAAAAAAAGCAUCAACACCCUCCACCCACCAAGCAAACAAUAGCAAAGCCCUCAAGAAAGACCAUGAUCUUCAGUACAACAAAAAUUAAUUGUUCACCGGACAAUUGAACAUACCACAGGCUUUCUCUCUGUCUAAUAAAGGGCCAGAGAAGUGUCAUGCAGUGAGAGGGGAGACUAACAAGAAAAAAACACUCACUGAUUUAUGGUGUUAAUAUCUGUGCAUUUGCUUAAACAUUGCAUCAUUUGGAAAUAUGUUAAUUGCAAUGAUUUAUUUGAACUACUCUCUUAAGUUGGUGCAAUUAAAUAGAUCUUCUCACAUUAAUAAAAAUGAUGUCCCUUUCCCACUGGUGGAAUAGAAGGGAGUAUUUGCUCCCCUUUUCUUACAGAAUACACCUCUAAAUCUGUGAUGAGGAAUAUUGCUGCUGUUGGGCUGGGGAAGCACUUGCUGGCAGUGUUUCCAGACUGUGUGCAAAGGUACCCCCCAAAUUUACCAUUGGACACAACUAGAGCUAUGAUUGUGAACACAGCAGGCCAGGCAGCAUCUCUAGGAAGAGGUACAGUCGACGUUUCAGGCCGAAACCCUUUGU